GCCGCAGGUUCUCUUACAUCGACCGCCUAAGAGUCGCGCUGUAAGAAGCAGCAACCUCUCCUCUUCCUCUCCGCCAUCCGCUCGGCAGCCUCAAAGCAGCAGCCAUGCGUGAGUGCAUCUCCAUCCAUGUUGGCCAGGCUGGUGUCCAGAUCGGCAAUGCCUGCUGGGAGCUCUACUGCCUGGAACACGGCAUCCAGCCCGAUGGCCAGAUGCCAAGUGACAAGACCAUUGGCGGGGGAGAUGACUCCUUCAACACCUUCUUCAGUGAGACAGGCGCUGGCAAGCAUGUGCCCAGGGCAGUGUUUGUAGACCUGGAACCCACAGUCAUUGAUGAAGUUCGCACUGGUACCUACCGCCAGCUCUUCCACCCUGAGCAGCUGAUCACAGGCAAGGAAGAUGCUGCCAAUAACUAUGCCCGUGGACACUACACCAUUGGCAAGGAGAUCAUUGACCUCGUCCUGGACCGAAUUCGGAAAUUGGCUGACCAGUGCACCGGCCUUCAGGGCUUCUUGGUUUUCCACAGCUUUGGUGGGGGAACUGGUUCUGGGUUCACCUCUCUGCUGAUGGAACGUCUCUCCGUCGAUUAUGGCAAGAAGUCCAAGCUGGAGUUCUCCAUUUACCCAGCCCCCCAGGUCUCCACAGCUGUAGUUGAGCCCUACAACUCCAUCCUCACCACCCACACCACCCUGGAGCACUCUGAUUGUGCCUUCAUGGUUGACAACGAGGCCAUCUAUGACAUCUGUCGUAGAAACCUCGAUAUUGAGCGCCCAACCUACACUAACUUGAAUAGGUUGAUAGGUCAAAUUGUGUCCUCCAUCACUGCAUCCCUUAGGUUUGAUGGGGCCCUGAAUGUUGAUCUGACUGAAUUCCAGACCAACCUGGUGCCCUAUCCUCGCAUCCACUUCCCGCUGGCCACAUACGCCCCUGUCAUCUCUGCUGAGAAAGCCUACCAUGAACAGCUUUCUGUAGCAGAAAUCACCAAUGCGUGCUUUGAGCCAGCCAACCAGAUGGUGAAAUGUGACCCUCGCCAUGGUAAAUACAUGGCUUGCUGCCUUUUGUACCGUGGUGAUGUGGUCCCCAAAGAUGUCAAUGCUGCCAUUGCCACCAUCAAGACCAAGCGUACCAUCCAGUUUGUGGACUGGUGCCCCACUGGCUUCAAAGUUGGCAUUAAUUACCAGCCUCCCACUGUGGUCCCUGGUGGAGACCUGGCCAAAGUACAGCGAGCUGUGUGCAUGCUGAGCAACACCACAGCUAUUGCUGAGGCCUGGGCUCGCCUGGACCACAAGUUUGACCUGAUGUAUGCCAAGCGUGCCUUUGUCCACUGGUAUGUGGGUGAGGGCAUGGAGGAGGGAGAGUUUUCUGAGGCCCGUGAGGACAUGGCUGCCCUUGAGAAGGAUUAUGAGGAAGUUGGUGUGGAUUCUGUUGAAGGAGAGGGUGAGGAAGAAGGAGAGGAAUACUAAAUUUAAAAUGUCACAAUGGUGCUGCUUUUACAGGGAAACUUAUUCUGUUUUAAACAUUGAAAAGUUCUGGUCUGAUCAGUUCAUCUGUAUGUAGAGCAGUGUAAACUCUCAUACAAUUACUGGCCUAUGCUUUAAAACAAUGCUUUGUUACAGAUCCAAAUUGUCAAUUUCUCUGAUGGGUUUGAAUAAAGUAUUCCCUGUCUUAAAUGA